CCCAUGGACCCCCUGAGGCAGUCCCCGUCCCACAGCUCGUCACGGGCCUCCAGCCCGAGGACCCUACCCAGCGAGAUGCUUGGUUACGUGGGCAUCGAGGCCGUGCUGGACCAACUGAAGAUCAAGGCCAUGAAGAUGGGGUUUGAGUUCAACAUCAUGGUCGUUGGACAGAGCGGGCUGGGCAAGUCCACCAUGGUGAACACACUCUUCAAGUCCAAGAUGUGGAAGUCCACCAUGCCGGGCCUGGGGGUGCCCACACCCCAGACGCUGCAGCUGCAGUCUGUGACCCACGUCAUCGAGGAGAGCGGCGUGAAGCUUAAGCUGACAGUGACUGACACACCCGGCUUCGGGGACCAGAUCAACAACGACAAGUGCUGGGACCCCAUCCUGGGCUACAUCAAUGAGCAGUACGAGCACUACCUGCAGGAGGAGAUCCUCAUUACCCGGCAGCGACACAUCCCCGACACCCGAGUGCACUGCUGCGUGUACUUCGUGCCACCCACCGGGCACUGCAGGCUGCGGCCCCUGGACAUUGAGUUCCUGCGGCGGCUCUGCCGGACUGUGAACGUGGUGCCUGUGAUCGCCCGGGCCGACAGCCUGACCAUUGAGGAGCGAGAGGCCUUCAGGCACAGGAUCCAGGAAAACCUGAAGACUCACGGCAUAGAGGUGUAUCCACAGCAGUGCUUCGAUGAGGACAUCAAUGACAAGAUCCUCAAUAGCAAGAUCCGGGAACGGAUCCCCUUCGCUGUGGUCGGGGCUGACCAAGAGCACAUUGUGAAUGGGAGGUGUGUCCUGGGCCGGAAGACGAAGUGGGGCAUCAUUGAAGUGGAGAACAUGGCUCACUGUGAGUUCCCCCUCCUGAGAGACCUGCUCAUCCGCUCCCACCUCCAAGACCUGAAGGACAUCACACACAACGUCCACUAUGAGAACUACCGCAUCUUCAGACUGAAUGAAAGCCACGUGCUGCCCCGAGGGCCCGGCUGGGUGAACCUGGCCCCAGCCCCGGCCUCUGUCCCUGCCCCCGCUGGCCCCCAGGCCAACCCCAGCCCCCCAAAGGUCGGCGGGUGGGCCAAGGAUAACUCAGAUGAGGAAUGCUGAGCACCGGCACAUCCCGGGCCCGCGGGGCUCCCCAAAUCCUGGGCAGCCCCCUGACACACACCUGUGUACUAGAGCAUGUAUUA